GGGAGACAAAAGAUCUAUGUUGCAACGUUCGAAAGAAACGGAAGGAAAAUUUCCUUCAAAUAUUUGAAAGAAAAAAAAAUAAUAAUUCUGCGCGUGGAUGUGGUCUUGGCGAGAAAUAAAAAAAACCCAGGUAAAUAAGUAUCUUUCGCCAAAACCCACCUGACUAGCGGAAGGAGUGACUAGAGCAGUCAAUGAAGUAGAAGAAUCAUUCUUAAUUCCGCGACAUUCGAAUACUUAUCCUGGGCAUCUCUUUUCAUUAUCCUCUAAUCAUCCAAAGAUGAAUGGGCAAACGAAUGGGCAAACUAAUGGUGUGAAUGGAGUAAAAGAGCCUCGAAAAAGGAAAGGAUUGGUUGAUAUAAUUGCUGAAAAUACCAAAUGUGUAUGGAACAAAAAAGUAGAACACACUGAAAUCGAACGAUUUAAAUCCAUUGUCAAUAAGAAAUAUAAACUCAAUCUCAGAAAUUAUUGGGAUCUUCACAAAUGGUCUGUAAAGCAUUAUGAUCGAUUCUGGGAAGAGAUUUGGCUAUUCUACGGUGUCAUCUCUUCAAAGCCGUACACGGAGAUAUAUAGAUCUGCAGCUCAAACUAAGGGCAUGAUGGUUAAGGUCAUGUGCUCUGCACUGAUGGGUCUUCUACGUUCUGACUAUAGAUUAGACAAGCUCGUGAAGAAUGGAAAGGGAUUCGUUGAUGUGGACUGGUUUAGUGGAGCUCGUCUGAAUUUCGCCGAAAACAUGCUGAGACACAGAAAUGGGGACAUCGCAAUGAUUUGUAUUGAGGAAGAAGGAGGUGUUGAUGAGAGAAUAACUUAUUCAGAAUUGUACGAAGAAGUGGAAAGAUAUGCUGCUGCUUUUAGAAAAAAUGGAUUGCAGAUGGGAGACAGAGUUGCAUGUUACAUGGCGAAUAGAAAAGAAGCUAUAUACGCAUAUCUGGCUGCUGCUAGCAUUGGAGCUAUAUUUGGUGGACCACUGCCCUUUUAUGGUGAUAAGGCAGCUGCUAAAAUUAUUCGCCCAAUGAGGCCGAAAUUCUUGUUCACGGUAGACAGAUUCAUUGAUCUUAAAUUAGAGAGACACUUGAUGGAAAACAUUCCCCUCAUCUGCAAAGACUUAGACAGUUUGGAAAAAAUUAUUAUUUGCCCUAGCAAAAAGGAAACCCUAUCGAAAGACAUAUCACAGCUCGAUUCUAGAUGCGUAUUCCUGCCAGACUUUUUGGAAUCAGGGAAAAAUAAAGACGGAAAUGUUCCUAAAUUGGUAUUUGAACAACUGCCUUUCAACUAUCCCAUCUGUAUUAAUUUCACUUCUGGUACAACUGGAGAACCAAAAGGACUCAUUCACGGUUGUGGAUGUUUUCUUCCACUUCUUCGGGACUUUAACCUACAUUGCAAUCUCAAGCGAGGGGAUGUUGUUUUCACUCCUUAUCCAGUUGGCUGGAAUUUGUGGAAUCUAUUCGUCGCCAAUUUUUCGAUUGGCGUGACUAUCGCCCUUUACAAUGGAUGCCCAUUUUAUCCAGAAAUUGGAUUCUGGGAACUUCUUGAUCGAUAUAAGGUGAACUACACAUUUUUAGCAACUAGUGUUGUGGACAAAAUGGAGAAGAGUGACAUUGUUCCAGGUCCCGAUUGUAAAAUGGAACAUCUCAAAAUGUUGACAAUUGGUGCUAGUCCUGUCAAAUUACAGAAUUUUGACUUCCUCACCAAUAGAGUAAAGAAAGAUUUAUUUGUCAACUGUUUGUACGGAGCCACUGAAGUUGUUGGUGUUUUUGCUGGAUUCGAUCUCAACCUUCCAGCUUACAGUGCAGAAAUACAGGCUCCCGCUCUUGGUGUGGACAUCAAAUGUUUCGACGAAGAAGGUAACGCAGUUAUUGGCCAAAAAGGUGAACUCGUCAUCUGUGUACCUAAUCCAGCUUUCCCAGUUGCAUUGUGGAAUGACAACAAAGGAAGGAAACUCGAAGAACUUUAUCUAACCAAGUAUCCCGGUGUUUGGGCCCAAAAUGACGAGUGUUGGAUAGAUCCCAAAACUAAGGGACUCGUUGUUAUUGGAAGAAGUGAUGACGUACUGAAUCCAAAUGGAGAGAGAUUUGGAUGUUCUGAUAUUUAUUACGCAAUUCACACCAUGGAGGAACUGCAGGACUACAUUUGCCUUGGUCAGGACAGCAUCGAAGGAGACCAGCGACUAGUGUUGUUCGUAAAGCUGAAGAAUCAAUUUACGUUUACACCUGAAUUUGUUGAAAAAGUUAAGAACCAAGUGUGCACAUCACUCACCGAUGAACACGUUCCUGCCAUAGUUCUCGAAGUUCAGGAUAUUCCAUAUAAUUUGAAUGGAAAAAAGAUGGAGCGCCUUCUGAAGAAAAUAGUGAUGACGAAUGAAAUACCCGAAACGUCGAAUAUCAAAAAUCCAGAGUGUUUGCCAGCAUACUUAAACAUUCCAGAACUUCAAGGUUAUUGAUCUCAAUCACGUGACCAACGUUAAUUCAAAAAGGAAGGAAGAUGUCCUCACAUGUGAAUUUUUAAUUUGUAGCAAUAUUUUAACAUUAUUUCUCAAUAGAGCCAUUCCUUAUAACACAGAUAUUUCUACAACACUCUUACAAUUUAAUAAAUUUCGAACAAUUCAUAAUCGUAUACAGAAUGUUGCGUAAUCACCUCCAUUUUAUAUCCGUUGUCAAACAUAAAGAAGCAAAAUAUAGACAUUUGGCAUUUCAAAACUGUUUUUUUAAAAAAAAGACGAAAACGCUAUCAAAAUCUGCCGAAUUAGUGUGGAGGUUUAGAAACACUAAAAUCCUUUUGAAUGCCCGAAGAAUAAGCGAGGAGCUGAAAAGAAAUUGUAAGCGCCUUUGACUUUCAUCCUGCAAUGAAGCAAGUUUUGAGCUUUAAGAUUUCGUUACUUUUUGUCAAUCUUUUUUUAAUUUUUUUAUUUUAGCUUCAAUAUUAAGUUGCGAUCCUCAAUGUAUGCAUUUUUUAUUUCAUUUUUGGCAAAGAUUCUAGAAAUAUCUAUUAAGGACAGUCAUAACAAGACACCCAGUAAUAUUAGAAAUUUUCUCGCACAAUAAUUUAUUUAUUAUUACGUAAGAAAAGAAUGUUUUCAAGAUGUGUAAGUCAAUAAUAUGUAAACGUGCAUAUGUUUAAUUUGAAUCAACUAUAUCGCCGGACAUCGCAAUCGUUUUUAGGAAUUUAGAAGCUAUACUAUUAAAUCGUUCAUGAUAAUUUUUUCCUUAAAAACAAAGUAAUAUUGAAAUUAUUAUGGCAUACUAUUUCCUAUUGUUUUGGUACUUGGAAAUUUUAAGGCAUUAAAUGAUCAUAAGAGAAAUUUAAAUAUAAACAUUCAAAUUUAACUGAGUGCUUCUUGAUUUAAGAUAAACAGUAUAAUGUUGCUAUAACUAGAAGGAUAAAAUACUUUACUAGUUCAAAAAGAGACAAUUUUAAAACAAAAUACUGCUUGGUAAUGGCAUUAUUAUGUGUCUGUGUUUUUCACUAGAUAAUAGUGUGUUAAUUUAUAUAAAAUUGAAAAUUUUAGUUAUAAAAUUGAAAAAAAAAACUUUUUUUUUCAAAUUUGAAAACAAUAUUAAGUUUCGAACAUUCAAACUAAUACCAUAUAUAAAAAGUUUAUUCAUAUUAAAUUUUCAAUUUUUCUGCAAGUUUUGUGUAAAUACCGAUAAGUCGGUUUUUCUUACUGUAUGAUUUUUUUUGUACUUUACCCACCAUGUGAUGUUCAGUUUUUUGUAUAUAUGCGUUCUAUGUGUUUAUAUGUGCAAGUUACUAUUACUUGAAUGGAUUUUAAAUGUACUUUAUACUUUAAUUUCCAACUGCAUAAAUAUUUUGAUAUUGAACAAAGUUUUGAAUAAUCUACCAACUUACGAAUUUUUUUCUCUGGAUUUUAAAUAUUUUUAAACUGAAUAAUGUCAUCAACUCAUUCUUUCCAUUAUGAAUGACUGUUAGCUCAUGUUUUGAAUACUAAAUGUAUUUAAUAUUAGCUUUUUUACUGUGAUAAGACAAAACAUAUUUUUAACAAUUUCCUUAACCAUGAAGUGAAUAUUUUUGAAAUAAAUGUAGGUACUACUUAAAAUAUUUUUUUAAACAGCAGUUGUAUAAAUUUUAGUAUUUUAAUCAAUCCGUGUAUACAGAACUUGUCUAACACCAAAAUUACUUGUCACACUUUUGUAUGAAAACAUAUGCGACUCAAUCUCGCUCUUGUAAUACAUGUAUUGUUUCAACAAUUUUGAAAAAUAACAAUAAAUAAAUGCUGAUGUAUUAAAA